AUGCAAUUGGACCUGGAGGUCGUCCGCGCCACAGGUCUCCCCGUCUCGCGGGCUCACACCCCAGUUCGGACUCCCAGUCCCGUCCCCUCCCAGCUCCUCCUUGGUCCUCCAGGACCCUCCGCCUCCCCUUCAGAGGAGGAGUCGCUAGUGCCCCUCAGGUCACCAGCAACCAAUUUGCGGUACGGCAGAGGCGCCAAGGGUACGGCCGCGAGCCAGCCAAAGGGGAAGGCCCAGGGCAAAGAGAAGGAAGUCUAG